AUGAAUACUACUGUUUCAACAUCCUUUGAAGAACACAUGGCAUUACCGGAUUUGGUGAUAGAUGCAUUACGUAGUCUUACUUCGAAUAGAGGUCACAUGAUUACCGAAGGACCCGAAAUAACCAAUUUCAGUCAUUCAAGGAAUUCAUCAUCACGUAUUUCAUCUCACAUUAAUGAACCUGCUGGCUUAAUUACCAACAACAUUACAAAUCCUGCCGUUUCAUCAGCAUCGAUACCAUUAUCAUCAACACCUUUUCUACCACCACCGCCUUUUCUACAAAAUUCACAUCUUUCACCAAUACGACAGAGACGAGCAACGAUGAUACAUCGUCGAAAUCCUGCUACAAAUCCAAACGAACCAUUUCUAUAUUUACCUCCACCUCCAUUUCAACAUACAACAACAGCAUAUAAUCAUCCAUCAUAA